GCUAGUGACAGUGAAAGGCAUUCAGAAGUCUCAGAGAGACACUCAGGAUCCACUCAUGGGCAGGCUGGAUCUCAACAUAGAGAGUCAGGAGCCACAGUGAGGGGAAGACAAAGAACUGCUCAUGGACAGUCAGGAGACACCACCAGACAUGGCCAUUCUAGCCAGGGACAAUCUACACGGUCAGAGUCCAGUCAGGCAGGAAGACGGGGAUCCUGUCACAGUGAGGCUAGUGACAGUGAAAGACAUUCAGAAGUCUCAGAGAGACACUCAGGAUCCACUCAUGGGCAGGCUGGGUCUCCACAUGGAGAGUCAGGAGCCACAGUGAGAGGGAGACACGGAACUGCUCAUGAGCAGUCAGGAGACACCACCAGACAUGGCCAUUCUAGUCAGGGACAAUCUACACGGUCUGGGUCCAGUCAGGCGGGAAGAAGGGGAUCCAGCCACAGUGAGGCUAGUGACAGUGAAAGGCAUUCAGAAGUCUCAGAGAGACACUCAGGAUCCACUCAUGGGCAAGCUGGAUCUCAACAUGGAGAGUCAGGAGCCACAGUGAGAGGGAGACACGGAACUGCUCAUGGACAGUCAGGAGACACCACGAGACAUGGCCAUUCUAGCCAGGGACAAUCUACGCCGGUCAGAGUCCAGUCAGGCAGGAAGACGGGGAUCCUGUCACAGUGAGGCUAGUGACAGUGAAAGACAUUCAGAAGUCUCAGAGAGACACUCAGGAUCCACUCAUGGGCAGGCUGGGUCUCCACAUGGAGAGUCAGGAGCCACAGUGAGAGGGAGACACGGAACUGCUCAUGAGCAGUCAGGAGACACCACCAGACAUGGCCAUUCUAGUCAGGGACAAUCUACACGGUCUGGGUCCAGUCAGGCGGGAAGAAGGGGAUCCAGCCACAGUGAGGCUAGUGACAGUGAAAGGCAUUCAGAAGUCUCAGAGAGACACUCAGGAUCCACUCAUGGGCAAGCUGGAUCUCAACAUGGAGAGUCAGGAGCCACAGUGAGAGGGAGACACGGAACUGCUCAUGGACAGUCAGGAGACACCACGAGACAUGGCCAUUCUAGCCAGGGACAAUCUACACGGUCAGAGUCCAGUCAGGCGGGAAGAAGGGGAUCCAGCCACAGUGAGGCUAGUGACAGUGAAAGGCAUUCAGAAGUCUCAGAGAGACACUCAGGAUCCACUCAUGGGCAGGCUGGAUCUCAACAUGGAGAGUCAGGAGCCACAGUGAGAGGGAGACACGGAACUGCUCAUGGACAGUCAGGAGACACCACCAGACACGGCCAUUCUAGCCAGGGACAAUCUACACGGUCAGAGUCCAGUCAGGCAGGAAGACGGGGAUCCUGUCACAGUGAGGCUAGUGACAGUGAAAGACAUUCAGAAGUCUCAGAGAGACACUCAGGAUCCACUCAUGGGCAGGCUGGGUCUCCACAUGGAGAGUCAGGAGCCACAGUGAGAGGGAGACACGGAACUGCUCAUGAGCAGUCAGGAGACACCACCAGACAUGGCCACACUAGUCAGGGACAAUCUACACGGUCAGGGUCCAGUCAGGCAGGAAGACGGGGAUCCAGCCACAGUGAGGCUAGCGACAGUGAAAGGCAUUCAGAAGUCUCAGAGAGACACUCAGGAUCCACUCAUGGGCAGGCUGGAUCUCAACAUGGAGAGUCAGGAGCCACAGUGAGAGGGAGACACGGAACUGCUCAUGGAGAGUCGGGAGACACCACCAGAUAUGGCCAGUCUAGCCAGGGACGAUCUACACGGUCAGGGUCCAGUCAGACAGGAAGACGGGGAUCCAGCCACAGUGAGGCUAGCGACAGUGAAAGGCAUUCAGAAGUCUCCGAGAGACACUCCGGAUCCACUCAUGGGCAGGCUGGAUCUCAACAUGGAGAGUCAGGAGCCACAGUGAGAGGGAGACACGGAACUGCUCAUGGACAGUCAGGAGACACCACCAGACACGGCCAUUCUAGCCAGGGACAAUCUACACGGUCAGAGUCCAGUCAGGCAGGAAGACGGGGAUCCUGUCACAGUGAGGCUAGUGACAGUGAAAGACAUUCAGAAGUCUCAGAGAGACACUCAGGAUCCACUCAUGGGCAGGCUGGGUCUCCACAUGGAGAGUCAGGAGCCACAGUGAGAGGGAGACACGGAACUGCUCAUGAGCAGUCAGGAGACACCACCAGACAUGGCCACACUAGUCAGGGACAAUCUACACGGUCAGGGUCCAGUCAGGCAGGAAGACGGGGAUCCAGCCACAGUGAGGCUAGCGACAGUGAAAGGCAUUCAGAAGUCUCAGAGAGACACUCAGGAUCCACUCAUGGGCAGGCUGGAUCUCAACAUGGAGAGUCAGGAGCCACAGUGAGAGGGAGACACGGAACUGCUCAUGGAGAGUCGGGAGACACCACCAGAUAUGGCCAUUCUAGCCAGGGACAAUCUACGCGGUCAGAGUCCAGUCAGGCAGGAAGACGGGGAUCCUGUCACAGUGAGGCUAGUGACAGUGAAAGACAUUCAGAAGUCUCAGAGAGACACUCAGGAUCCACUCAUGGGCAGGCUGGGUCUCCACAUGGAGAGUCAGGAGCCACAGUGAGAGGGAGACACGGAACUGCUCAUGAGCAGUCAGGAGACACCACCAGACAUGGCCACACUAGUCAGGGACAAUCUACAUGGUCAGGGUCCAGUCAGGCAGGAAGACGGGGAUCCAGCCACAGUGAGGCUAGCGACAGUGAAAGGCAUUCAGAAGUCUCAGAGAGACACUCAGGAUCCACUCAUGGGCAGGCUGGAUCUCAACAUGGAGAGUCAGGAGCCACAGUGAGGGGAAGACAAAGAACUGCUCAUGGACAGUCAGGAGACACUACCAGACAUGGCCACGCCAGUCAGGGGCAAUCUACACGGUCAGGGUCCAGUCAGGCAGGAAGACGGGGAUCCAGCCACAGUGAGGCUAGCGACAGUGAAAGGCAUUCAGAAGUCUCAGAGAGACACUCAGGAUCCACUCAUGGGCAGGCUGGAUCUCAACAUGGAGAGUCAGGAGCCACAGUGAGAGGGAGACACGGAACUGCUCAUGGAGAGUCGGGAGACACCACCAGAUAUGGCCAGUCUAGCCAGGGACGAUCUACACGGUCAGAGUCCAGUCAGACAGGAAGACGGGGAUCCAGCCACAGUGAGGCUAGCGACAGUGAAAGGCAUUCAGAAGUCUCCGAGAGACACUCCGGAUCCACUCAUGGGCAGGCUGGAUCUCAACAUGGAGAGUCAGGAGCCACAGUGAGAGGGAGACACGGAACUGCUCAUGGACAGUCAGGAGACACCACCAGACACGGCCAUUCUAGCCAGGGACAAUCUACACGGUCAGAGUCCAGUCAGGCAGGAAGACGGGGAUCCUGUCACAGUGAGGCUAGUGACAGUGAAAGACAUUCAGAAGUCUCAGAGAGACACUCAGGAUCCACUCAUGGGCAGGCUGGGUCUCCACAUGGAGAGUCAGGAGCCACAGUGAGAGGGAGACACGGAACUGCUCAUGAGCAGUCAGGAGACACCACCAGACAUGGCCACACUAGUCAGGGACAAUCUACACGGUCAGGGUCCAGUCAGGCAGGAAGACGGGGAUCCAGCCACAGUGAGGCUAGCGACAGUGAAAGGCAUUCAGAAGUCUCAGAGAGACACUCAGGAUCCACUCAUGGGCAGGCUGGAUCUCAACAUGGAGAGUCAGGAGCCACAGUGAGAGGGAGACACGGAACUGCUCAUGGAGAGUCGGGAGACACCACCAGAUAUGGCCAUUCUAGCCAGGGACAAUCUACGCGGUCAGAGUCCAGUCAGGCAGGAAGACGGGGAUCCUGUCACAGUGAGGCUAGUGACAGUGAAAGACAUUCAGAAGUCUCAGAGAGACACUCAGGAUCCACUCAUGGGCAGGCUGGGUCUCCACAUGGAGAGUCAGGAGCCACAGUGAGAGGGAGACACGGAACUGCUCAUGAGCAGUCAGGAGACACCACCAGACAUGGCCACACUAGUCAGGGACAAUCUACACGGUCAGGGUCCAGUCAGGCAGGAAGACGGGGAUCCAGCCACAGUGAGGCUAGCGACAGUGAAAGGCAUUCAGAAGUCUCAGAGAGACACUCAGGAUCCACUCAUGGGCAGGCUGGAUCUCAACAUGGAGAGUCAGGAGCCACAGUGAGAGGGAGACACGGAACUGCUCAUGGAGAGUCGGGAGACACCACCAGAUAUGGCCAGUCUAGCCAGGGACGAUCUACACGGUCAGGGUCCAGUCAGACAGGAAGACGGGGAUCCAGCCACAGUGAGGCUAGCGACAGUGAAAGGCAUUCAGAAGUCUCCGAGAGACACUCCGGAUCCACUCAUGGGCAGGCUGGAUCUCAACAUGGAGAGUCAGGAGCCACAGUGAGAGGGAGACACGGAACUGCUCAUGGACAGUCAGGAGACACCACCAGACACGGCCAUUCUAGCCAGGGACAAUCUACACGGUCAGAGUCCAGUCAGGCAGGAAGACGGGGAUCCUGUCACAGUGAGGCUAGUGACAGUGAAAGACAUUCAGAAGUCUCAGAGAGACACUCAGGAUCCACUCAUGGGCAGGCUGGGUCUCCACAUGGAGAGUCAGGAGCCACAGUGAGAGGGAGACACGGAACUGCUCAUGAGCAGUCAGGAGACACCACCAGACAUGGCCACACUAGUCAGGGACAAUCUACACGGUCAGGGUCCAGUCAGGCAGGAAGACGGGGAUCCAGCCACAGUGAGGCUAGCGACAGUGAAAGGCAUUCAGAAGUCUCAGAGAGACACUCAGGAUCCACUCAUGGGCAGGCUGGAUCUCAACAUGGAGAGUCAGGAGCCACAGUGAGAGGGAGACACGGAACUGCUCAUGGAGAGUCGGGAGACACCACCAGAUAUGGCCAUUCUAGCCAGGGACAAUCUACGCGGUCAGAGUCCAGUCGGGCAGGAAGACGGGGAUCCUGUCACAGUGAGGCUAGUGACAGUGAAAGACAUUCAGAAGUCUCAGAGAGACACUCAGGAUCCACUCAUGGGCAGGCUGGGUCUCCACAUGGAGAGUCAGGAGCCACAGUGAGAGGGAGACACGGAACUGCUCAUGAGCAGUCAGGAGACACCACCAGACAUGGCCACACUAGUCAGGGACAAUCUACAUGGUCAGGGUCCAGUCAGGCAGGAAGACGGGGAUCCAGCCACAGUGAGGCUAGCGACAGUGAAAGGCAUUCAGAAGUCUCAGAGAGACACUCAGGAUCCACUCAUGGGCAGGCUGGAUCUCAACAUGGAGAGUCAGGAGCCACAGUGAGGGGAAGACAAAGAACUGCUCAUGGACAGUCAGGAGACACUACCAGACAUGGCCACGCCAGUCAGGGGCAAUCUACACGGUCAGGGUCCAGUCAGGCAGGAAGACGGGGAUCCAGCCACAGUGAGGCUAGCGACAGUGAAAGGCAUUCAGAAGUCUCCGAGAGACACUCAGGAUCCACUCAUGGGCAGGCUGGAUCUCAACAUGGAGAGUCAGGAGCCACAGUGAGAGGGAGACACGGAACUGCUCAUGGAGAGUCGGGAGACACCACCAGAUAUGGCCAGUCUAGCCAGGGACGAUCUACACGGUCAGGGUCCAGUCAGGCAGGAAGACGGGGAUCCAGCCACAGUGAGGCUAGCGACAGUGAAAGGCAUUCAGAAGUCUCCGAGAGACACUCCGGAUCCACUCAUGGGCAGGCUGGAUCUCAACAUGGAGAGUCAGGAGCCACAGUGAGAGGGAGACACGGAACUGCUCAUGGACAGUCAGGAGACACCACCAGACACGGCCAUUCUAGCCAGGGACAAUCUACACGGUCAGAGUCCAGUCAGGCAGGAAGACGGGGAUCCUGUCACAGUGAGGCUAGUGACAGUGAAAGACAUUCAGAAGUCUCCGAGAGACACUCCGGAUCCACUCAUGGGCAGGCUGGAUCUCAACAUGGAGAGUCAGGAGCCACAGUGAGAGGGAGACACAGAUCUGCUCAUGGGCAGUCAGGAGACACCUCUGGACAUGUGCACUCUAGUCAGGGACAAUCCACAUGGUCAAACAAACAGUCAAGUCACACUCAUGCCCAUUUUGGUAAAAGUCAUUCUACAUCACAGAUUAGUAGCAGACAAAGACAUAGAUCAGAUCAAGCCUGGAGACAUGGCAGUUAUGGGAGUGCCGAAUAUGACUAUGGGCAGUCUGGUUAUGGACCUUCUGGUGGUAGCAGAACAAGCAGUCGCAAUUCUAGUCCUUUUAGGUCAACAGACCAUGCUACCACUAAGCGAGCAUCUAGUCAUGGACCAUCAGUUUCUAGUUUUGACUAUAUGGGAUCAAAAGCAACUGACAAAAUAGGAAGACAAGAUUCAAGUCCUGGGCAAUCAGAGAUAAGUAAUGGGCAGUCAAUUUAUUCCCAUAAUCACUCUGGAUUUUGUACAACUGAAGGACAGGGAUCUAGUCAUAGACAUUCAGUCACAACUCAGGAACAGUCAAGAGAUAUUCAUGUUCAGUCCGGAAGGUUGGGGUCUACUCAUAGCAGUCAGCUAGGUAACCACUCUGCAUCUGACCAUGGAAAACCCUUAUCAGCCCACAGCCAUUCAGAUUCUAGUUCAACUAGAAGUCAAAGAUCCCAUAGUGAUAGUAAGGGGUACUGGGGGGAAAAGAUUCAUGAACAAUCAGAAUUGAGGCAUAGACAAUCAGAGUUCAAUACAAUAGAUGUACAUGAAUCCAGCCAGCAGCACUUAGGAGAUUCAUAUUCUCAUGAGCUGGUAAGAUCCAGCACAAAUUUAGCAGCACAGGGAUCAAGUGAUGGACAAUCAGGACAUAUCCAGGGUCAGUCUGGAUUCAGCACCAACGAAAGACAAGUAUUUAAUAAUGGCCAGUCAAGGGACAGCUAUGGGCAGUCAAGUGGCAGUCACUCACUUGAUAGCCAAGCCCCUUUGGGAAUUGAAGAAAAUAGUUUUAGGUAUUUAUCAAGCAAUGUAACCACAUGGAGUGGGGAAAGGCAAAAGCAAGAGUCUGGAUCAAGUCCAUCAGGUACCAUGAGAAAAUACAAUCAGGAUGUUGAUGAUAAGCAGACAAGAGACUCUGAGGUCAGAGGUUACCAUGGAAGAGAGAGAACAUAUUCAGGUUCCUUUUACUUAGAUAGCAAUACCCCACUCUAUGAAUAUAUCAAAGAACAAAGGUGCUAUUACUUUGAAUAAUAAUUUGAAACCAAAGGAAGACAAACUAACUCAAGAUAAGAACUAAUCCAAAGGAGAAAUGAAACACACAACAUGGAAUUAAGAAAUUUAACAUGAUCCUUUCUUUUGGUAGUGGGGGUAUAUGUCUGAUUUUCUAUUUAACUGUAGUACUGUAUUCUGUUUCUUUUGUUUGGUACAAGGCUUUUUUUGUAAGGCUCCAUAAUCAUUGAGCUCUUAGAAAAUAGUGGAUGGGUUGUAAAUUGCAUUUGGGACAUAUUUAGAACUAUAUGACAAAGUGAUUGGAUGCUCUGGAAUAAAGUGAGCAUUUAAAAAUAAUUUUAUAUAUUUCAGGUUGAUUUAUUAAUUGUUGAUAAACCUAUCCAAGAAGCUAAGAGACGUGGUCUAGGAGCCAAAAUUUCUCUAAUAACAUUGUAACAUAUUCUGUAUCCUAAACAACAACAACAAAAUGUAGUAGUUUAAGAUUUAGAAUAUUUGCAUCUUUUGUACCACCACUGGAACACUGUACUGCUGUUUUUUAAUUUAUUGUCAUGUAUACAGGAUCUAGAAAACUGUAUUGCAUAAAAAUUGACAAUAAACUUUUCAUCAGCUUA